AUGGAUAUUUUGAAUAACAACAUACUCAGAUCCGAGUCUAAAUGGCGUCCUUCAAAGGUAGGAUGGGUUAGGCUCGAUGUAGAUGACUCAGUUAACUCUCUUGGUGCUGAAACUUAUGGUGGAGUCAUCUCCGAUGAAAAAGAAAAUUGGAUUAUCGAUUUCUCAAAAUUUCUUGGCUAUCAACCCUAUACUGCAGCUGAAUUUUCGAGCAUUUUAGAAGGCCUUCAGAUUGUUGAAUAUAAUCACUUUUAUAUUCUAAGUUCUAAGUUUCUUUUCGUCUCUUCUUUCUUUUUUAUUUGCUUCCUUCCUCUUUCUCUUACCUCUGCUGUUGCAGAUGUUCUCGUCGCCGGCGAAGACGAUGCAGAAGGGCCCGGUUUGGGACCGCUGCAUUUCAGAGGUUGCAUUAUUCUUCAUCAGACAUCAGCUCGUAGUCAUACUUGUUUAGCUUUCAGCUAUGCUUUUGUAAACAAGGGAGCGGUGAGCGUUUUGGCUGACUUCCUAAUUGAUAGGGGUAUUGAUCUACUGAAUGUUACUUUGCUGGUGACUUUGCUUGAUGCGAUAUCAGCUGUGUUAAUACCUGCUGUGAUACACGUAUCCGAGGCUUGCGCAGGUCGCUUCAAGGCCAUUAUCUUCUGCACCGCAGCCUAUACUACGGGAUCGUUUCUACUAGGGGUUCGCGCCCCCAUUUCGCGGCACCUCCUUCCGAUGAUUUUCACAAUAGCACUUAUUGCAUUAGGCAAAGCCGGAGAAGAGCCAACUUUAAGAGAUUUUUUUGAUUAUCAACUGAGGGAAGCGAAGAAAAAAUGUACCUUGAAUACCGAAGGAGAAGACGAGGAAUCCGAAUCAUCGAAAGAAAAAGAAAGACCAGAAUCAGGUAACAACGGCAGCGGAACUACCAAUCUUUGGUGGUAUAUGGCUUCAAUUAUGGGCUCCGCUAUGGCUUUCUUAUGCCAGUUCUUAUUUGAUUCUUGGCGUGAAACUUUCAUAGUUUCGUCUGUUGUUAUGGGAGCUACGUAUUUAUUAUUUUUUCUUGGCAUUUUCUGCUAUUAUCCUGAAGAAAAACCCUCUGGAAGCCCUGUCACAAUCAUUUAUAGGGUCUUUAAGGAAGCUAUUAAGAAGCGCAGAUUGUCAUACCCAUCUUCAAAACAUGGCUAUAACAAUGAAGGUUCAGAUGAUACAUUAGAUGAUCUCUUUUAUCCGACAGCUGACAAUGGAGAUGAGGUUCACUUGUUGCCACGUCAUCCAUCAUUUUUGUCGUUCUUGGACAAGGCAGCUAUUAAGAACAAUUCCGAUGAUGGUGGAAGCGAAGAGAGAAAUGAAAAGGAGGAUUGUACGGCUGAGCAAGUGAGGGACGUGAAGAGCCUUUAUCCCAUUAUACCCUUGGAGGUCUUCACCUUCUUAGCAUACAAUUUUGUUUCUGCUUCUAGCAACACUUACUUUGUUCUGCAAACAACCAACUUGUAUUCUUAUGUUAGUAAAUUUGAUGUUCCUAUCAUGGUUUUCCCUGCACUCCAAUAUCUGGUUGCUUCUGGGGUUACAAAGAUAAUCGAAUCGCCAGGAACAAAAGAAAAGGUGAAACCAAUUUGGAAUAUGGCUUUUGGGAUGUUGUUUUCAGGAGUUUGCUAUAUUGUGGCUUGGCAAGUAGAACGUCAAAGGCUUUCUCUGGUUAAGUCUCUACGUCAUCCAGAUAAGGACAUAAUUUCCUUGAGCAUCAUGGUUUUGAUUCCUCAGUUUUUGUUGCUAGGGCUAAUGAACGGAUUUGUAGAAUGCGGACUGCAGACUUUCUCGCGUGAUCGAGUGCACUCUACAACAACAACAAGCCUUUAUCCCAUUAGGUGGGGUCGGCUACAUGGAUUGCAAGACGCCAUUGUGCUCUAUCGUUUAUCAAGCUUUUAGGAAUAUUAUUAAUUAAGAGAUCGCGUUCAACAACUUCCAAGAGUGUUCUCUUAGGCCUUCCUCUACCUCUCUUAAUCGGACUCAAAGUUAUAUGUUCCACUCUUCUCACUGGUGCCUCCCUUGGUCUUCGUUGUACAUGCCCAAACCAUCUCAACCGAUUUUCUACCAUUUUUUCCUCAAUAGGUGCUACCCUCACUUUUUCGCGUAUGUGCUCAUUUCGAAUUUUAUCUUUACGUGUAUGUCCGCACAUCCAUCGUAACAUUCUCAUCUCUGCUACUCUAACUUUAUGCUCUUGCUGUCCCGUUAGAGCCCAGCAUUCACUACUAUAUAACAUUGCCGGUCUGAUAGCAGUGCGAUAAAACUUUCCUUUAAGUUUAUUAGGCACCUUACGGUCACAAAUAACUCCUUUAGCUUUUUUCCAAUUAAACCACCCAACUUGAAUUCUAUGUGAAAUAUCUCCACUAAUUUUGCCAUCAUUUUGAAUAAUGGCUCCCAAAUAUCUAAACUUUUCUACUUGAGGUAUAAUUUGAUCUCCCAAUUUCACUUCCAAAUUAUUGUCGAAUAGUCCUUUACCAAAUUUACAAUAUAAAUAUUCCGUCUUACUUCUACUUAGACGAAAACCUUUCGACUCCAAUGUCCUCCUCCAUAACUCAAGUUUGCAAUUAACCUCUUCUCUUGUCUCUGCUAUAAGAACUAUAUCAUCCGCAAAGAGCAUACAUUUCGGGAUUUCUUCUUGAAUAUGUUCCGUCAAAACAUUUAAAAUCAAGUUGAACAAAUAAGGACUCAGAGUUGAUCCCUGAUGUAGUCCAAUCUUUAUAGGAAAAUCCUUUGUUUGACCACU